AAAAUAAUUAAAACGCAGAAUGACUCAAUUUCAGCGUUCUUUCCACACAGAUAGAUAUAUUCAUAUUCCCUUUCCUCCUCAUUAUUAGAGGAGAAAGAGUACAUUCUUUUGUUAAUCUGUAUAUCCACCCAUUCCUUUCUUUCUUUUAGACAUUUGAUCAAACAGAAACAAUGAUCAGAUUGUUCAAAGUGAAGGAGAAGCAGAGAGAAGCUGCUGAGAAUUCUAAUGGGAAGCCUCCAGUUAAGAAGCAAAGUGCGGGAGAACUACGACUUCAUAAAGAUAUAAGUGAACUUAACCUUCCGAAGACAUGUAGCAUGGCAUUUCCCAAUGGCAAGGAUGAUUUGAUGAACUUUGAAGUUACAAUUCGACCUGAUGAAGGAUAUUACUCGGGUGGCAUAUUCACAUUCUCAUUUCAAAUAUCUCCCAUCUAUCCUCAUGAAGCUCCAAAAGUUAAAUGCAAGACCAAGAUCUAUCAUCCAAACAUUGAUUUGGAAGGGAACAUAUGCCUCAACAUCCUUCGGGAAGACUGGAAGCCUGUUCUCAACAUCAACACCGUCAUUUAUGGCUUAUACCAUCUAUUCACGGAACCAAAUCACGAGGACCCCUUGAACCAUGAUGCAGCAGCAGUGCUGAGGGAUAACCCCAAGUUGUUUGAAAAUAAUGUGAGAAGGGCAAUGUCUGGUGGGUAUGUGGGUCAGACCUUCUUCACUCGAUGCAUGUAGGGUGAUGGUUGCAGCAUCCUGUGUUAAUGAAGUGGCAAGGUGCCGAUGUUGUAAGAUUGUGUUUGUAAAAAGAACUGAAACCAAAUGCUGAACCCAUAGUUUCUAAAAACGAAUUUGUAACACGGGUAAUGGGGUUCAGUUUUGUUAUUCUCUGUUUCUGCAAGAAGGAUGUUAAUCAUGUAAGGCUGUAAGCUGUUUGUUGUGAUGUGUUGGUUUAAACUCUUGGACUAAGGAAAAUGUUGGCAGUAAUAGAUGCUGAGUAACACAUCCCUAGUUCAUUAUUGCUCA